UGACAUUUGAUUUUUCAAUUUUUGACAACGUGAAAAGUGGAAUUCAGAAUUUUCAGAAGAAAUUCGCGUAUUUCCACAUUAAACAUGUUCGCAAAAAACGUCACAAAUUUGUUCGUUCGGAAUGCAUACAUUAGCAAAAAUUCCACUGUUGUUAAAAAUUUCUCAAUAACGUCUGCGAAUCGUGAAAUUGUGAAAAUUCAAAAUAAUGAAGAUUUCAAAAAGAAAGUCAUUAACAGCAAGGUGCCCGUCGUAGUCGAUUUCUUUGCUACAUGGUGCAAUCCUUGCAAGUUGUUAACACCUCGUCUUGAAGCUGUGAUUUCUGAAAACAAAGGCAAGGUUGUCCUAGCCAAAGUUGAUAUUGAUGAGCAGACAGACCUGGCUCUGGAUUACGAUGUGAGCUCAGUACCAGUAUUGCUUGCUAUCAAGAAUGGCAAAGUGCAGCAACGUCUGGUUGGCCUACAGGAUACAGACAAGCUACGCAAGUUUAUUGAGCAGAUUACAACUACAGAAACUGAGGCAAAGGAGGCAAAAGCCUAAAUGAUUUGGUUAGACAAAAAAUGUGAUAAAUUAUUAUUUUAUGUUACAAAUUGAGUAGUUGAUCAAAUAAAUCAAAAAUGAAACAA